AUGGCCGCUCAUCGUGCUGAUGCCAGCUCGUUUCUCGAUAACCGUGGCUACAAGGGUCCCCUUGUCCGUGGCGUCAACCCCGCAACGCUCUUCGAGAAAGCUGUGCGCGACCGCAUCACCGACUCAUACUACUGGAAGGAACAGUGCUUCGGUUUGAACGCAGCAACUCUGUGCGACCGUGCAGUUGAAUUGAGCUCCAUUGGUGGAACUUACGGCGUCUCCGAAAAGCCCACACCCUUCCUCUGUCUCGCCUUCAAGUUGCUUCAGCUUGGGCCUGAUCGCGACGUCAUCCUCGAGUUGCUCAAUUACACCGACCCCGGCAGCGGCGAUGAGUCGGAAGACCCAGAUUCCAAUGUUGUCAAGGACCGAGGCGACUUCAAAUACCUGCGCGCUCUUGCGGCAUUCUAUGUGCGACUGACUUUUGAUGCGGUCGAUGUCUACAAAACCCUGGAACCGCUCCUUCUCGAUUACCGGAAGCUGAAGCGACGGGUGCGCGACACUUUUACCCUUACAUAUAUGGAUCAAUUUGUCGACGAUCUUCUCACUAAAGACCGUGUCUGUGGUACAAGUUUGUGGAAGCUUCCGCCCCGAACACAGUUGGAGGACUUGGAUUUGCUGGAUGAGCGAAUCAGUCCUUGUGACCCCGAAGCUUCAUGA